UGAGCACCUAGCAUGUUGGCUAAAUGUGUAAACCUGCUUAAUUGACACUUUUAAACUCAUUUUUUGUGUGUUUUUGCGGUUACUUUGCUCGCUGUUAUGAGAACUGAGAAGAACGACAACACCUCUUGAGUCUAAACACGUCGUGUCAAGAUUUAUUGAUCAUUUUUUAUAUGAUUUUUUGGCGUGGACAUCACCUCUGCCUGGAGGAAAUACAAUUGCCUAGUUAGCGGGGCUGCUUGGAGACCAGGCAUCAGCCUGUAGAGCCAGAGGGGAUGGAUCCUCUGGGUGCUCGCUCCCAGUUUGUAGACAUCCAGACUCUCCCCACGUGGCAGCAGCAGCUGGGCGAGGAUGGUGAGGAGACACCGCGGGACCAGAACGACAGUCUGCUCAGUCAGCAGGCCUUCCCCUCGCCCUUCCCCUUCAGAGCCGACAUCAACCGCAAGAUCAUGCUCUUCACCGGGGACAUCGCCCUGCUGAACUGCACCGCCAUCGUGAACACCAGCAACGAGUCGCUCAACGACAAGAACCCGGUGUCUGACAGCAUCCAUCAGCUCGCGGGGCCGGAGCUGCGAGACGAGCUGCUCAAACUCAAAGGAUGUCGGACAGGGGAGGCGAAGCUGACCAAAGGCUUCAACCUGGCAGCGAGGUUCAUCAUCCACACGGUGGGACCAAAGUUCAAGAGCAAGUACAGGACGGCGGCUGAGAGCUCGCUGUACAGCUGCUACAGGAACGUCAUGCAGCUGGCCGCAGAGCAAUCAAUGGCAUCUGUUGGCCUCUGUGUGGUGAGCACGACCAAACGGGGUUACCCACUGGAGGAUGCUACACACAUCGCUUUCAGAACAGUGCGCAGGUUCUUGGAGAAUCAUGGGAACAGCAUCGAGGCGGUGGUGUUCGCGGUGACAGAAACAGAGGAGCUGGUGUAUAAGAAGUUACUGCCUCUGUACUACCCUCGCUCUGAGGAAGAGGAGAAGGCCUGCCUGCCUCUCAUCCCCGCUGACAUUGGCAACUCCGAGGGUGAACCCGUUGUCCCAGAAAGACAGAUCCGCAUUGCAGAGAAGCCAGGCAGCCUGGAAGAUGAUAGCGAAGAGGAGAGUCUGGAGUCAGAUCUGGGUCAGGUGGGGAAUCACGCUUUCGCCCGGAUGGAGGGCGAUGUGGAUAAACAGCGGAAACUGAUCCUGCAGGGCCAGAUGUCAGAGGCAGCCAUGCAGAAACAACACCAGAGGAAUUACAAUCGCUGGCUGUGUCGAGCGAGAGCAGAGGACCUGUCGGACAUCGCCGCACUGAAAGCCUUGUAUCAAACUGGUGUGGAUAUGUGUGGCAGGACAGUGAUGGUGGUGGUCGGACGAAACAUCCCAGUGACCCUUAUUGACCUUGAAAAGGCUCUGUUGUACUUUAUCCACGUGAUGGACCACAUCACGGUGAAGGAGUAUGUGAUGGUUUACUUCCAUACACUGACGGGCGAGCACAACCACCUGGACUCCGACUUCCUCAGAAACCUCCAUGACAUCGUCGACGCCAAGUUUAAGAAGAAUUUAAAGGCCUUCUACUAUGUACAUCCAACAUUUCGCUCUAAGGUCUCGACGUGGUUCUUCACCACCUUCAGUGUGUCAGGGAUGAAGGACAAAGUCCGCUACCUGGACAACCUGCACCAGCUCUUCACCUGCAUCAAACCUGAACAGAUCGACAUCCCUCCGUUUGUCCUGGAGUACGACGCACGGGUGAAUGGACCCUACCAUCCCGCCCAGUCUUCCGGCCUGUGACAGACGACCAAAUCGGACCUCUCUGCUGGAUUGAUGAGGUGGU